CUCAAGUACCAGUGUAUUGUUUCUUUACAAAUUUAAUACGUACAAAAAGACACAGUUUUGGAUUUAGUAGAUCACCGGAUAUUUGCUCAACUCCCUCCUUCAGUCGAUGUGCGUCACACAAAGCAGACACCGCGAAGGAGCCAUGUUGAACCAGCUCCUAAUACCAUGUUUUAAAAUCAACUAAAAUAAUAAAUGUAACGUUACUGUCAAAAGUCGAUUCAUAUCGAAACUCGAAGGAACGGUAACGUUAACCCAUACCAAAAUGUCAGCGGACGACUUUCAGACGAAGUACGCCUCUGUAAUGGAGAGCAUGCUCAAGAGUGCUAUCGCAGAGACCACUAAACUUUUCGAAACUAUGGUCGACGAGCUGAAGGCAGAAAUAUCUCAAAUUAAGAAGGAGAACGAGGACCUCAAAACAAGAUGCAGCCAAUUUGAGAAUGCCAGAAGCCAACCGAGUGUUUACACUAGAGAAAGUGAGCCUCUUCCAGGGCCAAGGGACGGUUCUGAGAAACGUGACACGGCUGUUCAAUGUGACCUUGUUCCUCUAUGCUACCUGGUGGAGCAAUGUCAACCAUUGAGGCACUCAUCAUUGCAAAACCAAGCGCAACAAUGUAGUUAUGAGGAGACGGAGUACGCUUUGCAGGGGCACAACUUUGAGACACAUGGAGAGGGAAAUUCUCAAAUGGCAUUUAUACUUGUCAAACAAGAGUCUGUCUUGAAACAAGAGGAAGUUGAGCCCACCGUGGUCUGUGGGCAAGUCUUGAGUGAUAAAGCAGGUUCACCACGGGCCUCUGCUUGUGGAAUUGAAAAUGAAGGGCCUUUCGUUAACCAGGAAUGUUCAACUGGAAAAAUACCGUUGCCUCAAAAAGAUGACGACACCCAAGUGACCCUGGAACUACCGUGUUUGGGAAUGGGUAGCGGUUUACAAGGAGCCCAGAACCAAUCAUCUGAACUAGAGCAUUCAUUAGUCAUCUCACUUUCUGCGAUAAAAUAUGACAUGGAAGAAGAGUCUGAAGUCGGUCAGAAGAUAUCAGAAAUUGGUACACAGGAAGAUCUCAUAACAACUGAAAAACAUCCAUUAGUGGUUUCUGAGCAUCAAUCAGAGGUUGAACCCCUUGCAAAAAAGCAGCUAUCAGUGGUCCCCCAACAAUGUCAAAGAGAGGGCAAAACGUCAGUAAAUGAACAAACCGAUGUUACUCUGCAACAGUAUGCAGAUGUGCCAUCGACAGAGGAACAGUUGGCACAACCCACACCACUCAGCAAAGGAGAAGCAUGUAAUGAAUUAAAAAAUUACGUGGCAGAAGGUGAGGCUAGUUCCCAGCCUGACUUGUCAGUACGACGUAGAAGAGGGCGUCCACCAAAGAAAGCGAAACAUCUUCAACAGUCGGUGAAAGAAAUUCUUCAGUCACAAUCUUCUGAUAUUCCAACAGAGCAACAAGUGAAAAAUCCCCCUACAUUAAGAGUGAAUGAGGUUGAGGUCUCUGACGCAGUUGGUACAGUGAAUAUCACUUCAUCCGAGUCUCCACAAGCAUCUCCAGUUCAGCCUAAAGAGUCUUCAUCCGUUAUCACUCCAUCAGUCAAGGAGAGAGCAAACACUGCUUUGGAAGACGUGGAGAACAGUAAGGUUGGUUCUCUGGCUGUUUCAGUAGCAUCUUUGAGUAGAAGAUGUUCCUCUGAAAAGGAAAAACCAUCUGAAUCUCCACAACUUUCCAUGGAAAUGGAAGAAGGGGCAAUUCGGGCUCCAUCAACUGAAGUUUCCUCUUCAAUUGAAACACUAAACACUCCAACAGCUGAGUCAGUUCAGCCCCGAGAACGCCGCACCUCUGUUACUCUUCAGGAUGCAAUGCUAUUAGUUGAAGCCAUGAAUCAGUCAAUUGAAGAAAAUACAUGCUCCUCUCCACAAAAAAUGGCAGCACCACCCCAAAAACAGUGUACCUUACAAACUGUGGUCCCAGCUGAGCCACAGACACCGCCACUUCCUGUUGAAACUCAUGAAGCUGCAGGCAAUCUACCCGUAACAGAGCUGUCCACAACAAUACAAUCAAUAAUAGAGAAAGUUACUGCCGCUCGUCAGACUACAGAUGCCACUCCAACCAAUGAAGCUCUGGCCCAUGUUAAAGUUGUCAUCCCAAAACAACAGCAUACGGUCACACUAUCCAAUACUAUAUCUUCAGUGCCCUCAUCAACUGCUGCAACUCAAACAAGUGUGCAGUCACUUCAGCAGCAGCCUCCCCAUCCUUUGAUAACAUCGCUAGCAUCCAGUAAACCGGGUAACACAGUACCUCAUAAAAUAAUUGUCGUGUCAAGAUCUGUAUCUUCAUUAAUGCCUCAUAAAAUUGCAGCACAGUCUCCAACCCAGCUUCCUACUGUUGUGUCAACAGUUGUUGCUGCACGGAAUAAUAGUAUACUUUCGGGCUCUACAGCUUUAGGCUUACCUCUCGGAAACCCUUCCUUUUCCGCUGUUCCUCAGAAAACAAUAUAUGGUACGUCCAGGAAAUCGCUUCCUGUUGUCACUUCACAGUCGACCGGCACCUCAACAGUCCCGCAGUCUUGGACUCUACCACGUCAAAAAAUAACAGUUAUAAUUCCAAGACAGGUGUCAGCUGUGGCGUCAAGGAAACAUCAAUCACAGCCCACUGUUCUGACAUCAAAGCAGGAGUCAGCCAAAUCAGCUACUCCUGUUACAGUGUCAUCGUCACAGUUGAUUUCUUCAUCACAGGAGUUAAGCAUUUCUGUGGAUACACAAACCUCUUUAGAUGAAGUGGCCACAAUAUUGUCUCAAAGGAGGGUUAAUACAUCGGACAACUUGGAAUCUCCCAAACAAACUGCCUCUGUUUCUGAAAAAGUAAAUGCACCUACAGAAACCUGUUCCAGUUUAAACAUGUCAGUUGGGCUAGUGCCAACCUCCAUGUCUCCAGCAGUACCACCAACUUUUGAACAAUCUGCUGUGGUCAGAUUAACCAGGCUCCCAUUUCCAGUAUCAACCAAAGAAUCAGUCUUUAUCUCAAAACUGCCUGAAACUCAAUCCAUUUUGAAAGAAGGUACCACACAUGAGAAACCAUUAUCUGUGGUCAUAUCAACACAGCCAUCAGAGCCACUUGCGUUAUCCACUGACAUUUGUCCCAAUAUAAAAGAAACUUCUGUUGCUGUGUCUGUAAAUACCUCUCAUAUGUCAGAAGAGCCAAAUGAUAUUCAAGAGAAGGCAUCAUUAUCCUCUGAAAACUGCAGCACUUUGGAAGAGUCACCCAACAGCGAGUAUGUGCAGCCAUCUACACCAUCCAAGGUGUCAGCACCAGUGUUUGAGAAAUCAACAAUAGCCAUCAACAUGACUGAGCCUUCAGCUGUAUCUGGUACAGCUGGUGAACUCACUUCUAAAUUGGACAAGAAAAUAAUCAGCACUGCAGUGCAAUAUUGUGCUUUACCUAAUGACCCACCCAUAGAAGAGAAACAAUCAGCUGCCCUCAUACAUCUAACCCCCAUCACACCCAAGGACAUAUCUGACCCUCAUUUACAGAUGACUAAAGCUCAGUUCCUGGCACAGCUGGCAGUGACACCUCUUGUGCAAGACCCAAAAAAGGCCUCCUCUAAUGACUCUGUAGAUGCCAGAGCUUCUUGUGCAGAGACCAGCACCAGUGACAAUAAAAGGUUACAGGAAAAGUCCUUUGUGGCUAAACUCCGAAGUCACCUCAAAACCCACUUACAAGCUAGAAGAACUGAAACAAAUCACAGCACAGAGACCUGCACUGUAAGCCCCAAGAAACUUAGAUUAGAGAAUGACAGUUCAAAUGAUAAAAACACAACCAGUGAACCUAUCCCCGUUAGCCCAAAAAACCCAGAAGCAGUGGAAUCAGUGGAUGUUACAUCUCUAAAAAAGGCAACUAAUGACCCCAGUCCCAUUAGUCCUGGGAGAUCUGGACUUUGUAAAGAUGGUGUUAGACCCAAGCGGACUGUUAGUGAGGCUAAGGCUACUAGUGAAUCCACUCCCGUGAGUCCUAGGAGGUCUAGUUCAGGUAGAGAUGGUGUAGGCUCCAAAAAUAAAAAAUUAACUUCUGUGAGUGCUAGGAGGUCUAGCUCAAUUAAAGAAAGUGCUUGCCCUAAAAAGACCAAAAACACUUCUGUGCGUCCUAGGAGGACUAGUUCAAAUAGGGAUGGGGCUAGCCCCAAAUAUGCUAAAACUGGUGGUAGCCCUAACAAUACUAAAACCACUUCUGUGAGACCCAAGAGGACUAGUUUGAGUAGAGAUGGUGCUAGUCCUAAAAAGACUCAAUCUACUUGUGUUAGUCCUAGGACAUCUAGUUUAAGUAUAAAUGGCACAGGCACAAAAAUAAAUGAAUCAACUUCAUUCUGCCGUAGGAGCUGUACCUUACCUAAAGAUGGUUCUAACACAACACAGAUUAAAAGGGAAUCCAAUUCCUUCAGUCCUACCAGAUGUAGCAUAACUAGAGAUGGUGCUAGUAGUAAAAACAGUAAGAGUGAAACUGGUUCCCCAAGUGUUAGAUGGCCUAAAUUGGCUAAAGAUGGUGUCAGUCCUGGAAAGACUGGGGAAUCCACUCCUGCUAAGAAACCCAGAUUAAUCCAAGAUGGUACCAGUCAGAAAAAUAAUUUGAGAGUGGUGAAUGCUAAGAAGUUAGCUAAAGCAGCAAAAGCCAAAACGAUAGCUAAAAUAAAAAAAUCUGAUCAAUCAAAAUUGCAGAAUGGAGCUAGAACAAGCCAGUUAGCAGAGAACCGUGCUAGCUGUGAGGCUGUGAAAACAUGUACGGCUGUGUGGACGCCUCCUAGAAUGCCAGCCAGUAAAACACCUCCUGCAAGGGGAAAGAGGUCAUCGCUCUUACCUGUAAAGAAAGAGACAAGAACCCCAAGAUCCCGGAAUCAUACAAUAGUUUACCCCCCCAGUGUUUCUCUCCACCCCAUACCUGUCAAAGCACCACCUAUUGUAUCACCAUUACAGCCUUUAUCAGUCAUUGGUUGGCGUCUGCUCAAGAACCAGUGUGGGGAGUGUGGUCGCGUCCUCAGCAGCAGUGCUGCACUGGAAAGCCAUGUUAGUCUCCACACAGGUCGCCGACCUUUCUCGUGCAAGCUCUGCGGGAAGCGCUUCCCAGACUCCAAGGGUCUUAAACGUCAUGGCCGGGUGCACCGCAAUGGUAGAAUCCAUAUCUGCCAGCAGUGCGGGAAGGGCUUUGUCUACCAUUUUGGCCUCACCAAACACCUCCAGAUGGUGCAUAGCAGGAUUAAACCUUUUGUCUGCCAGAUCUGUAACAAGGGAUUUUUCACAAAACGAGAUGUGGAAGCCCACAUACGGAUCCACACUGGAGAGAAACCAUUCCAUUGCAACCUCUGUGAAAAAAAAUUUGCAAGGAGGGUCGAACUAAAUGUGCAUUUAAGGUGGCAUAAUGGGGAGAAGAGACAUUGGUGCCCAUACUGUGGGAAAGGAUUUUUAGACUUCAAUAACCUGAAAAGGCACAAGUAUAUCCACACAGGGGAGAAACCACAUUCCUGCCCGCAUUGCCCCAAGAACUUCACACAGUCAGGCCACCUGAAAAAACAUGUUAAAAAUGUCCAUAAAAUCCAAUGAGAGACGGACAUCCAAGAUGCAACCGUGUUUCACUGAGAAUGGAAAUGCUUUUUUAUUACGAGAGAUGUAAAGUCUUGGAGCGGAAGGGGUUGGUUUGUUUUUUCUUUGAUGCAGUUUAUCUGUAAAACAAAAUGCAAAUAGAGAAUUGCAAUCUUUUUUAUGUUAUGUUCAUCAGAGGAUGAUUUCUUUUUACUGCAUUUUUAUGGAGUGGUUAGACAUUUUAGGAAAUUCGCUUUUUGCUUUCUUACUGAAAGUUAGAUGAGAAGAUCAAUAUCAAUGUCAUGUCUGCCUGUUAAGUAUGGAGCUGGAGCAAUGAGUCUUUGUUUAAAUUGUAAAAAUGUAAAUAUUUUAUUUAAGAGGUACAGAUUAAACAAAUGGGUUAUGUGUUAAUUAAAGGGCUUUAGAGGUGCUGGUAGGCAUUUUUUUUAGCUUUGGACAGAGCCAGGAUAGCUGUUUCCCCCUGGUCCCAGACUUUAUGCUAAGCUAAACUGAUUGUCUCCAGGCUCUAGCUCCAUGUUUACUUGCCGAGAGUUACCACUCCCAUAGCUGUGCAUUAAGCGUAUUUCCCAAAAUGUCAAACUGAUCUUUUGAAACAAUUUUCUUUCACUGUGUUCUCUUUACAGGGUAGAGAGAAGUGGAGACGUGCAUUUUAGAAUAUUGUCAGCAGAUAUGUUAAAAUCUCUUGCUGUUGUGAUAUCACAUGAAAAAUUUAAAUUAUUUUCUGUUUCCACAAGGCGUUAUCUGUGAAAAGCAAACAUUUUGACAUCUGUUACACUUUGAAAAAACAGUAAAUGUAUGAUGUAAUGAUUGAAUUAUAAGUUAUUUAACUGUAAAAAUGUUAAUAAUUUGAAUUGUUUAUACAAUUUAGGUUCUUUAUUUGUAUUGUUUCUUUCAUUAUAUUGCUUUUCUCUGCCGAUGUCACAAAAAUGACAAUAAGGAUUACUUGUACUGCUAGUGCAAUAAUUUACCACCCCAAACAAGGAUUAUAAAGGUGCAUUCACACACGAAGCAAAUAUUCAGCUUGCAAGAAUUUGACCAGUGGAAUGUUUUUGCAGUCUGUGUUUAAUCCCCCCAAAGCUAAUGAAUGUAACUUCACAAGCACACAUUUUUCUCUCACGUUGCUAUAUUUUCAAAUUAAGCAGACGUACCUUGGUUGACCAGUUGACGCCGCCUUGAACAAAUCCACAUCUGUUAAUGUCUUAACAUUACUUUGCAGUGUUGAUUAAAGAACUAAGCAAAUUAAAGUAUGAGUUUAACUGAAAUUUAACCUUGUCUUAUUUUGUGAUGGGAAUUUCGGCUCUUUGAGGGGAGCCGGAUCUUAUGGCUCCCUUCCUUUUCGAGAGCGGUUCAAAAGAACGGCUCAUCGUUUUUUUUGUUGUUGUUUUUAGGGAGCGGGGGUUACUAGGUUUAUCUGCGAAAUAAUCACUAGAUUAAUGAUAGACUAAGAUUUGGAUCAGAUUCAAACUUAGAUAUCCCACCAAUAUAAUUUCAUUUUGUAUGUGUGGACUAGGUUUAGCAGCACAAAAUUACUCAUAUUGCCAGUCCUAAUGUCAAUGAUCUGCAUUGUAACCAUUACACAAAGUGAAGCCAUAUCCCUUUGCUUUGUCAGUGAAUUUACCUUCUUUAAUGUGUUAAGUAAAUAAAGUUGCCUUGUCUCGAAUGCAAUUCAUGGGACGCUUAAUAUUAAAAAACGUUUUAACAUUUUAAAAAAAAAAACAGCUCUCACCAAGUACAACUCGGCUCCCUUUGUUCGUACCAAAGAGCUGUUGAAAAUAAUUGGAUCGUUAACUAACUUAAUAUCACUAUUUCUGACUCACAUUGUGCUGAAUUACAAAAUACAGUUUAAAUGUUGUAAUGUUUAAAUGCUUUUUUUUCUGAAAGAAACUUGUUUCCUAUUUUCUCAAGAUGCAGAUGUAGUUGUUAGAUGACAUUGACCAUCCUUUUAUAAUUCACAACCGAAAUUGUACGUAUUCUGAGUUUACAUUUACAAGAUGUAUGUUUUCUUGGUCCUGUAAUUUGAGAAAACAGGUAAUAAAUGUAUAGUUGUCAAACUAA